AUGAAAACUUUGGGAUUAUAUAAUUGCAUUAUUCAAUAUUUCAAUAGAAACAGAAACUAUUCUAUUACUAAUAAUAAGAUGUGUAUAUAUUUUAAUUUAAAUCUUAUUUUAUUAUUAUUUUUAAUUACUUUUAAUUUAUUAUCAAAUUCGUUUUUAUCAUUAUGUUCCAAUUUACCUAAAUCAACAAAAUUAACAACUUUGAAUACUUUGAAUCAAUUUAAACAUUGUUGUGAUGAUGGAUUAAUUGCUGCUCAUAGUUUAGAUUUACCAAUUUUAACAAGUCAAACCAGUAUAACUAAUACUGAAACAUGUGCAGAGAUAUUACAAUUUGGUACAUCAGUAGUUGAAGAUGAUGCUGAAAAUUUAUCUUCAAAUCAUUUUUGGUGUCAACGUGUUCAACAUUUCUGUUGUUUAUCAGCUAGAAGAUUAAAAGCUUGUCAAAUUGGUUCAGAUCAUGUUAUUAAAUAUAAUUCAAAUAAUUGUUCGAUUGGUGAGUUUAAUCAUUUAAUUGACAAGAGAUUAACACCAAUCGCUCGGGAAUGUUGUCUAUGCCAGUUAAUAUGGCGUAAAAGUUUAAUAAAUGAAAAUAACUUAUUCAAAGAUAAUCCAGAGUCUGUACAAAGUGUUUGCCCCAAUGGAAAUUGUUGUAAUUUUCUUAAUAAGAUAUUAAUGGAAGGUAAUACAACUUCAGCCAAAUCAUCAAUGAUCAUGUCUGAUGAUCCUAAUGUUCAUAGAAUUAUAACGGAAUAUUUAACUACUACUGAAGAAAUUGCUAUGUUGAUGACCACUUCAUCUACACCAAUUACAACGGAAAAAUCAUGUAUUCGUGAGGUCCCAUGUGGUUACGGUUAUGUAUUAAAUCCUAGAACUCAACAAUGUGAAGAUGUUGAUGAAUGCAAAGUCGAUCCACUUAUAUGCGGUAAAGGUAUGGCAUGCAUAAAUGUUCGCGGAGGUCAUAAAUGCGUUGAUUAUCAUUGCCCUGGAAAUGCAAAGCGAAACAAAAUUGGUGAUUGCGUUCCAUGUCCUACAGGAUAUGUAUACAAUGCCUCAAGCGGAGUAUGCGAUGAUAUUGAUGAGUGUCAACAAGCGAAUAAAUGUAGAUCUUGGGAGAAAUGCAUUAACGAACGUGGCUUCUUUUUAUGUGAAGCCAAAUUAAAUUGUGCUCAUGGUACGCGAAUUAAUGCCAAUGGUACAGAAUGCAUAGACAUAGAUGAAUGUUUGGAAAGAAGUUUUCACUGUGAUGAUGGGAAAAUAUGUGUUAACACCCUAGGUUCAUACUACUGUACAGAAUCCAAUUGUACUGUAACUCAAAUAUAUGAUUAUCAAGACAGAAAAUGUACUUGUGAGAAAGGAUAUCAUAUUCUUGAAAAUGAAUGUGUAGAUAUUGAUGAAUGCUCUGAAAACAAGCAUAACUGCACCUACGACAGUACUUGUAUGAAUCAUAUCGGAGGAUUUCGCUGUAUACGAAUAGAAGAAUGUCCAUCAGGUUUAAAACGAAAAUCUCAAUUUUCAAGAUGUGAAGAUAUAAAUGAAUGUGAAUUGAACAGAGACAGUUGUGGUGCUCAUACAUUUUGUAAAAAUACUAUUGGUUCUUAUCAGUGUAUAUGUAAACAUGGAUAUAAGAAUAUUAAUGAAACAGAUUGUACAGAUAUUGAUGAAUGUUCAAUAUUUACACCAGCGGAAUCUUGUCCUGAUACAAGGGCCCGGUGUGUGAAUACUCAAGGAAGUUACGUUUGUGUCUGCCCUGAAGGUUUUAUUUGGUUAGGUUAUCCAGACUUAAAAUGCAAAGACGUUAAUGAAUGCACUGAAAAAUCAGAUAUUUGUGGAAAAGAACACCAGUGUGUAAAUAUGAUUGGCGGUUAUCGAUGUCAGUGUGCUCCUGGAUAUAAAAAUGGAGAAAAUGAAAAAUCGUGCGUUGAUAUCGACGAAUGCAAUGUGAAACCGUACAAUAAUGAUAUUAACUAUAUAUCACCAUGUCCAUAUUCAUUAUGUAUUAAUCAACCUGGGAGUUAUCAAUGCCAAUGUCCUGAUGGAUUUCGGCUAGGGAGAGGAAAUCGAUGUUAUGAUAUUGAUGAAUGUCAUGAAAUGGAAAAUGUGUGUAAAUCAAAUAAUCCAUAUGCUCCAAGUCAAGCCUGUAUAAAUCUUAUGGGCAGUUAUCGAUGUGUAUCUGACGAGACUCCACCAAAUUAUGUGAAGCAUAGACUUGGUAAUGGAUUCAGGUAUGAACUUAAAGAUAAUACAAAAUGUUCAAACAUUGGAGAAAAAUGUAUUCAACGAAUGGAUGAUUUAUUUAUUGAACUAGAUCAAGAUGCACGUGUACCACAAACAUUAGCGCGAAUCGAUACUAAAGGUUUACCGACGGGUGUCGUACGAAUAGAUUUAAGUAAACAUUAUGCAUAUCAAGCAUAUAGUGGAAAACAAAUUCCUGUUUCAACAGCAUUUCGUCUACAACCAAGUCGUUCACACGCUGGCAGUGUUGAAGUUCGCCUACUUCGUAAAUUACCAGCCCCAAUGAAUAUUCUAAUAUCCGUUCAUGUGACAAUAUCCAAAGGUGAUAUAGAAAUUGCACAUGCUGUCACUAAACUUUACCUGUUUGUUACACAAUCAUUUUCUGAACGAUUGAGAACAAGCAGAAUAAUUCAAAGAGGAAUAAUUUAA